CUGGGUUAUGACGGGUGGGCUGCACGUAGCUGUACCGAAUUCCAGUUGCAGCAUCAUCCUUCCGGUGCCGGAAGAGACAAGACGGGCGACGCUCUCAAGACGUUGUGAACCAGUCCUAAUGUGGAGACCCUGGUUGACUACGGACUGCCGUCCUGUCCUGAACCAUCGCCAACGACGAGAUAGCUGGCUUGUAUUUGCAUGUCCAAAGCAGCCCACGGAACAACAUUAGUUUCCUCCCAUGAAGCAACGAGCAGACCUCCCUCUGUACCUUUACUAAGUGGCCGUAGGUCUCGACUCACCCACCUCCCACAGUCCACACCAUGGCGAGCACACCAGAUGUCCCACUCCAGUCGAGAGUGGUCGAUGACAAGUCCCCUAAAUGUAUACCAUUCAUCCUCGAGCGCCUCAAGGCCCACCAAGCAAGACAGCCCGCUUCAGGCGGCAGCACCGUCACCAGGCCCUUCAUCAUAGGUCUGAACGGCGUCCAGGGCGUGGGCAAGACGACUCUCGUCAAGGCCCUCGCCGAGACACUGCAGCAGCGGGAGCUCCUCCAGACCAUCGUCGUUAGCAUAGACGACUUCUACCUCCGCCACCAGGACCAGCUGGCCCUCGCCGCCGCCCACCCGGACAACGCCCUGGUGCAGGUGAGGGGGGAGCCCGGCACGCACGACACGGCCCUCAUGCGCCAUGUGUUCACCUCUCUGGUCAACGCCCAGCCCACCCUCAUCCCACAGUACGACAAGUCGGCCUUCAACGGGCUGGGCGACCGCUCGCCCCAGUCAGCCUGGAUCCCCGUCAACCAGCCGGGGCAACGCACCGUGCAGGUCGUGCUGCUCGAGGGGUGGUGCGUCGGGUUCAGGAGCGUCAGCCACGACGAGGUCGUGGCCAAGUGGAGGGCCCCGAGCCGGACGCUACACAGCCACAAGCUCGAGGACCUCUUGUUCGUCAACGACCAGCUCAAGGAGUAUGACGUCGUCACUGACCUGCUCGAUGCCUUUAUUCAUAUCGACGCCGAGGACACGGAGUAUGUCUACGACUGGAGGCUGCAGCAGGAACGGCAGCUAAGGCACGAGAAGGGCUCCGGCAUGACGGACGAGCAGGUGGUCAAGUUCGUGGACGCCUAUUACCCGGCAUACGAGCUGUUCUCCGACGCGGUUAGGAAGGGCAUUUUUGCGGACCGCAAGGGUUGUCAAUUGCAGCUGAUUGUAGGCAAGGAUAGAGGCGUUGUCGACAGCUUGGCCAUCUAGUCCGAGCAGGAAUACCUCGAUGGGAACUCCUCGCAGCACCUAACCCCAGCUUUUGAAAGGUUCCUUCGAACACAUGGACCAUUAUACAGCAAUCAAAAUGGUAUCAUUGGAUGCUACCGGCAUCCUUCUUCUUGGGUCCAGCUUGUCUGGUUAUUACCUCAUAUCACAUGGUUUAGCUCCAAGCGACAUUCCAUAUCCCCCGGCAUUGUCCUGGCCUCGCUGCAUCAUGAUGCCAUAUGCAUAUAACCCUGCGCCAAUUACCUGGCACCAGCCCAGCAGAUCUCCAGCACAGCCAAAUACUUCUGCGCCACUGCGAAGCAAAUAUAUGUAGUGGUUUCGAGAAGCCAGCCCUGUUCCUUGUCCCCUAGUCGCUGGGCUCGCUGCCCUUCAACAUCGCACUGCCGUCGUGCUUGAGCUUAGACAGCUUGCGGUCUAUGGCCUCCUUGCUGCGCCGGACUUCCUCCUCGCGCUCCGAGACCUCCUUCUCGUACUGCUCGACGAUCUUGCGUUUGGCUUGUCGAGCCUCCUUCAUCCUUGUCACCACGCUGCUGAAGCGUUCCAGAAACCAGUCGCCGCUCUCAUCCCACUCGCGCACGGACAUCUGGGUGAAGAGUUGAGCUUGGGCACCCUCGUCCUUGCUUCGACAGAACUCGAGGCGGUCAUCAAGAUUGUCGGCUGGAGGUUUGGCUGGUGAUGUUAUGACCUGUCUGGCAGGAUCAUGAUCGAAUGGUUCGUUCCGCAAUUCGGCGAAGUUCAUUUUUCGCAGAGCCUCCUCGUCGUAAUCGCUGUCAUGGACUCGCUUCUUGGGCGGGGAGAACAUUGGGCCGAGGAGUGCCUGGCGGAUGGGGCUUCCUAGCAGGGCAUCAUCCUGUAAUCUGACAGUCUUCUGUGGUUUCGGUGCUACCACGGGCUUCGGAGGGUUGAGGAUCAUCGUCGCGUCAUCAAGAAUAGCGUGUUUCCGGACCGCCUUGGGGGUAUGCUCCUGUUCCUGAUCUGGAAACUCAUCUCCCUGGGAAUGGAGGUCACUAUCAUCACUGUCCCAGUCCAGAGCAGGGUUACGGCCAUUCUCAUUCUGAGAGUUGGUGGUACGCGGGGGGGCCUGAUAGAGCUCCUUUGGGGGCUGGAAAUAUGCGCUAGGUUGGGGGGCAUCUGCAGCGCUGCUGUGCUUCGUAGGAGAAAUUCUCCGGAAUGGUUCCAUGACGGGAGGUGACCGAUCAAGACGACGCGAUCUCUUGGUCUCCGUACCGGGAACGGGAAAGUUGGAGCGCAAAAAACGAGGGUCUCUCUGGGGCCGAGGACUCGACUCGUCCGACGUGCUGCCGAAGGGGUUUUGCCGAAACCUGGAAGCAUCUGUUCUAGGAUUGUUCGGCGCAUGAGUUAUCAUGCUGGAGCUGAAGCCCUUCUCCAUGAGCGAAGGAACCACCAAUUGACCAUUCUGGUACUCAAAAACCGGGGUGUUUUCAGACUUCCGAUGGGCGUUAUGACCUCGCCGUGGGGGUUGACGGUUGUCGACGAUGUCAGAUCUGGUAUCGUCAUUAUCAUAUUCUCUCUUGUGAGCAGAAUAUUGCACCGAGGCUGGCCGAGCAGGUUCACUCCCGGAAAAUAGAGAGUUGAUGUUGGACUGCUCCUCCCAUCGCUCUCGUAGCCCGUCUGCGGCACGCGGCUCCUCCUUCAACACUUCCCAGGCGUGGUCAGCCUCUGGGCCAUCAUGCCUUUGCUGCCCGACCAAUUCAUUGGCCCUUGAUGGUCCUAAAGAUACCCGAGCAUUGUCGCCGAGUCCCGGCGGCCUGGAAACCUGCGGCGCGAAGUUGGCCCCAUCACCGGAAACCUGGCGAUCUAGGACAGGAAUUACUGGCGAUGCGACGGGAGCCGCUGUGUGGUUCAGGUUCUGAAGGGGCGGGCUCCCUGGAGCAUGAGGGUUUAUGGACGCGCUCUCAUGCUUCUGGAUGAAGCUCUGCAUCUUCCUCUUGGCCGUGGGCACCAUCAUCGUGGCGGAGGCGCGAGCGCGUCGGAAUGAAUACAAAGGCGGGCAGGUGUUGGGGCCGAGUGAACGAGACUGUCCUUUCAAUGGCGCGGUGAGAGUGAGACUAUCGUGGGGUGUGAAAGGGCGGUAGACCCCCGAGAGUCGAGGGGUCUAAGAGAUGCCGUCCGGUACCAAGCUUCACAACAAAUUUGCGAUGCGCCGCAUCGUACGGAGUACGCUGAGCCUCGUCGCUGCUCAAAGUUCCCUGACGGGGCUUGUUUGACCUGCUUGUCAGGCAUCAAUCGAGGCCCGGAGUGGGUGGUUACCAGAAAAGGCACGUCGUGGACGCGCCGC